AUGGGUGACGCAAAAACGAGAGCGGAUACUCUCGCCAGCAUCUCUCGAAUGUCGGCAUACUUCGAGAGCAAUGAAUUUCAGACCGCAGAUUUAGUCGCUUUGGAAACGCGGUUGGGGCGUUUGGAGAAUUUGUUCAAAAAGUUUUGUGACGAACGUGACAAGUGCGUGGCCCAGACCGUAGAUUCGGAUCAGGCGGCAGUAGACGCAAACCGUGACGUCAUUUCAAAUGCCGAAGAUUUGUAUCUGGAAUUGAAGGCAAAGUUUGUGCGCAAAAUCAACUCACUCACCAAUCCAUCACCAACGAUUCCAGCUGGCGUUCAGCCAACGCCACCGGGUUCUCCUCAAGUGAAUCGCAGUGCACCGAAUUCAAGUGCUGUUGGGUUGCAUUCAACAGUCAGUGCAUCGCCUACUCCACCAACUGGACAUUCAGCAGCACAAACCAUUCCGAAAUUCAGUGGUGUUGACGGCGAUUGGCUCACAUUUCGCGACUCAUUCCGGCAAUUGGUACACAAUAACGAUCGUUUUUAUCCACUCGCCAAAUUCAACGCUUUGGCGUCGCAUCUCACCGGCGAAGCAUUGACGCACUUGGAGGGAUUGCCCCGAACUGACGAAUAUUAUCCAAUCGCAUGGGAUAUUAUCCUCAAAGAGUACGACGACCCACAAAAAAUCUCGGAUUCACUUCUGUCCACACUCGCCAAACUCAAGCCAGUGCCAUCCGACAGCAGUUUGCCAUCGUUGCGUUACGUACUGAGCAAGUUUCGUACUGUGACACGCCAGUUGCAGGCAUUGGGCACAAAUUUGGAAGCGUACGACCAAAUGUUCGUAUUUCAGUUGACCAGUUUACUGGAUACAAACACCCGAUGUGCAUGGGAACUCGGUCGAUCCAAACGGACCAGCUCUAAAUUACCCGAUUUGUUCCAAUUUUUAGACGAUCGCGUAAAGGGUUUGGCUAAAGCCAUGCAAAACCAAAGCAGUCGGCAUACUGCACCGUCAUCACAAUCUUCGUACAAUCAAAGUAGUCGGCCUACUACCUCAGCUCAUCAAUCACAGAUCAAAUCGGUCGUCGUCAAAAAAGUGAACCAGGUCUCCGGUGCAUCCGACACCUGCCGUUUUUGCAAGUUAAGUGUGCACAAUUUAGAUCAGUGCGAAAAAUUCAUCAAUUUGAACCCAUACCCGCGUUCACAGAAAGUUAAAACAUUGAAAGUGUGUUUUGGGUGCCUAAGUGACCAGCAUUUCCUUGAAGCUUGCCCCUCUCUGCCUUGUUUGCACUGUAACACUGGCAAAAAGCAUCACCCGUUGUUAUGUUUCGUUUAUUGCGAUAACCAAAAGAAGAAGGAAAAGGGAUUGGUAUGCGCAGCAGUACUUCUUGAAUCGGACUACGAAGAAAUCGAAAUAGACGAAGACGAGGAAGCAUUACUCGGUACUGCGAUGGUUUUAGUAAAAACUGCCUCGGGUGACCUCUUACCUGCGCGUGCGCUGAUGGACGGCGGCAGUCAAGCAAACCUGAUUAGCGAACAUUGUAUGCAACGGCUUGGGCUACCUCGUUCUGCUCGAAAUGUGUCAGUAUCGCCAGUCGGAAAUUCAAAUCGGUUGGACGCACGCGGCAUCGUGCGCCUAGUUAUGAUACCUCACAACACAAAUCGUCACUUCCAAUUAACCGUUAGCGCGCUAAUUAUGGGCCGAGUAGCAUCAGUCAUGCCUGGCGAUCCGAUCGAUAUUGGUGAUUUACCUGAACAUGUGCUGCAGGAUUUAGCUGACCCUGCACUACACAAAUCUGGCAAAAUAGACAUUUUGCUUGGCGCAAAUGUCUGGAGCCGAAUCGUCAUGGCUAGCCUACACGCCAGUCAAAACACAAAUUUGGUGGCUCAAUUGACUCGUUUUGGUUGGGUGGUUUUUGGCGGCCUCCAAAACCCCGACAACGGCAAUUUCGUCGGUAUGGUCGAAUUGCACGCACCAAGAAAUGAUAAGCUCAACCAAAUGUUGCAGCGUUUUUGGAAAAUGGAUGAAUUACCCAAACGUCAUCAUCGUUCGCCUGAAGAAGAAAUGUGUGAGAAGAUUUUUGUGGAGGGAUACGAGCGCACAGAAAGCGGCCGUUUUUGCGUUCCAAUUCCAAUUCAGCCAAAUGCUGUGCCACUGGGCGAAUCAAAAAAGCGUGCUUUGCGUACAUUGCGUUCAAUGGAAGCUAAAUUUGCUCGCAAGCCUGAAUUCCACCGCAAAUACGUCGAAUUUAUGCGUAAAUUGAUCGACAAAGGAAUCAUGGACCCAUUUACCGAUGUGAAUGAAAAUGCACCGCAUUAUUUUCUGCUGCAUCAUGGCAUUGAAAGCAAGAAGAAAAAACACCGUACGGUUUUCAACGGAUCAGCGCCUACUUCAUCCGAUGAGUCAUUCAAUGACAUUCAAAUGAAGGGUGAAAAAUUUCAGGAUAAUUUGGUCGACAUUCUGCUUCGCUUCCGAACGCAUCGCAUUGCUUUGGUUGGAGACAUCGAGCAAAUGUACCCUCAAGUAUUGGUAAAGGAAGAGUUUCAUCAGAUGCAAUUGGUUUUGUGGCGAGAAGAUACGAAUCAACCCAUCGUCACUUAUUGCCUGACCCGCGUUAUGUUCGGCAUGCGGUACGCCUUACACUCUGCUGUUCGUGCUUUGCAACAGGGUGCUAUCGAAGCUGCACACGAUUAUCCAAAUGCAUCGGCUGUUGCUCGCCGAGAUUUUUAUGUUGACGAUUGCAUGACUGGCGGCGAUUCUGCCGAAGAAGUCAUCGACCUGCGGGCACAACUACAAGAAAUGCUUCAAAAGUCGGGUUUUCCAAUUAAGAAAUGGAGUUCGAACAGUUUCAGCGUCAUGAGUUCCAUUCCUGAUAGCGAUUGGUGUUCAAAAACGCUCUUCGAAGAUUCUGAAACCGAAGAAAACUCCGUACUUGGUGUUGGUUGGGACGCAAUGCUCGACAAAUUGCAGUUUUUCGUCGACGAAAAUGCUUGGGCAGAACGGGUUACCAAAAGAACAGUCACCAGUGACGUUGCCAGAUUAAACCGUUGGCUUAUCUUCCGCGAGACUCUGAAGAAAGUAGAACUGGUUAGUGUUCCUCGAUGGAUGGGUUCAGUAAGCAACACCGAGCUCGAAUUACACGGAUUCUGCGACGCUUCUGGAUUGGCAUAUGCAGCGUCAAUUUACUACAAAGUCAAAGAUCCAUCUCGUGGCAUUCGAUGCGGCCUACUCACGUCAAAAUCUCGUGUUGCACCCGUACAAUCGGUUUCGAUACCGCGCCUCGAGCUAUGUGGCGCGCUAUUAGUAGCACAAUUGAUGAAAUCAGUGCACAAGGCGCUCGGUGAUCGGCAUAUCACCACCCAUUUUUGGUGUGACUCUCAAAUCGUUUUGCAUUGGAUUCACAAGGCCCCGUGUUUGUUCAAAGAAUUCGUUGCCAACCGAGUGUCGGAGGUUCAAGCGAUUACUCUAUCGAUCAGAGCCGUUUGGCAUUAUGUUCCAGGCGAAUGUUAUCCGGCAGAUAUUGCGUCUCGUGGCUGCGAUGCAGCAAACAUCAUCAACUUUGACCUCUGGUGGAACGGACCUAAAUGGUUGCCAUUGAGCAUAUUCGAUUGGCCUGCACAACCGGCAAGUUUGCCCGCUGCACUUCAGCCAGCAAUGCAGCAUGAACAAAAGGGAGCCACUGUUGCUGCGGUCACGCCGCUAUCGCAAAUCCUCGAAGCUCUUCUACUCAAUCCGGUCACACGUGGAGAAAUCGCUGGAGCAGAAAAUUUUUGGAUUUUGCAAACUCAGGCGUCGGCAUACGCUGAAGAAUUGCAAUACCUUGCCAAUCGUACCGAGCUGAACAAAAAGAGUAAACUCGCCAAAUUAUGCCCAUUUUUGGACUUUGAUGGCAUUAUCAGAGUCGGCGGUCGUUUACAGAGUGCAAAUGCAUCAUAUGAUGAAAAGCAUCCAGUAAUUUUACCCGGAAAUUCCACCUUCGUUCAAAUGCUGAUUCGCAGAGCUCACAUCACUCUCAUGCAUGGAGGUGCACAAUUGGUAACACGCUGUUUGCGGCAGAAGUAUUGGUUCAUCGGUGGUCGAAAUGCAAUUCGAAGCACCAUUUUUGAUUGCAUCGUAUGUAAAACGCAUCGCAAGGAAAAUGGGGGUCAACAAAUGGCACCGCUCGUACAGUCUCGCGUCAACAUUGUUGAGCGGCCUUUCACCGACAUCAGCAUCGACUAUGCUGGGCCAUUCGAACUGAAACGAUGGAGUGGGCGGUGCAAAACGAUGAACAAACUCGAUCGAGUAUUGGAUGUAUGGAAUCGAAGCGCUCAAGCCAGCAUAUUGGCCAGUCGCGGCAUCGACUGGCAUUUCAUUAUGCCCCGAUCUCCAUCACAGGGCGGCAGCCACGAAGUAGCAGUCAAACUGUUCAAACAUCACCUCAAGCGGGUUAUUGGGGUGCAAAAAUUGUCCGUAUUCGAGUUUCAAUCGAUCAUCACAAAGAUUGAAGGAUGUUUGAACUCACGACCGUUGGGAAUUUUGAACGAAGAUGCCGAUGACGAACUCGCGCUCACACCAGCUCAUUUUUUGGCUGGUAGUUCAUUUGAAUCGGUCCCCACCGAUUUGCCCAUCACCGAAAACGGUACAUUGGCAACCAAAUGGCGCCAGUUGCAACAAAUUCAGCAACUAUUUUGGAAGCGAUGGCAAACCGAUUACAUCAAUUCACUUCAAGUUCGAAACAAAUGGCUAAACCCCAAAGAAAACAUUCAAAUCAACGAUAUCGUAGUGGUUUGCGAGGACAACAUGCCACCAGCUCAGUGGAGACUGGGCCGUAUAACCGCUACUCACCCUGGCGCAGAUGGUUUAGUCCGAAAUCUAACCAUCCACACCGCAACCGGGUCAAUCAAGCGCGCCAUUCAGCGCGUCUGCAAGCUGUUGACGCCGGAAGAAACAAUUGGCCUCAAAGAUUCGGCUCCCCCCCAGGAUGUUGCCGCCAGCGACAAUUGA